UGCAUGAGCCCCGGGAGGCGGGCGGGGCGCGGGCCGGCCAAUGGCUGCCGAGUGCGCUGCCUGCCUGCGCUGGAGCCUGGGAGCAGCGGGCCGGGCUGGCAGCAGCGGCGCCCAUGGGCGAGAAGCGGGUGCUGUGCGUGGGGCUGGUGUGCCUCGACAUCAUCAGCGUGGUGGAGAGAUACCCGGCCGAGGACUCGGACACCAGGUGCCUGUCGCAGCGAUGGCAGCGCGGGGGCAACGCUUCCAACACCUGCACCGUCCUGGCCCUGCUGGGCGCCCCCUGCGCCUUCAUGGGCUCCCUGGCGCCUGGCCACGCCGCAGAAUUCAUCCUCUCCGACUUCCACCGCUGCAACGUGGACGUCUCUCACCUGGUGAGGCAAAGCCAGGGGGAGAUGCCCUGCGCCAUCUGCCUCGUCAACUGCCACAACGGCUCUCGGACGGUCACUCUCUAUGACAUCAACCUGCCGGACGUGACGGCUGCUGACUUUGAGCAGGUCAACCUGUCUCAAUACAAGUGGAUCCACUGGGAGGUGAGUGAAGGAAGCCCUUGCUGGGGAGAUUGGGGGGGGAGCGAGAGGGAGGAAGGGUCUUCCUGA